CAAAACCCAACAUCUUUUGCACAAGUUCUGAUUGGGCCAAGCCCAUUUGCAACCGCGAUAUCUUCUCCAAUUUCCCUGUCUCUAUUCUAUUCGAAAUUUCGAGUUGCGGAGAUCCUCCUCCAUGGAUCGCCGGAAAAGCAGCGAGAAAACGACGUGGAAAGCCUCAACCAUGGUACCCUCGCCCCCAAUCUCAGCUUCAGAGGCUUUCAUAGUCAACACGUUAUGCGUGCUCGUCUUGGUCUUCGCCUUCUGGGUUGCGAACUCUCUCUACUCCAUCAACCUCGUUACCGAUCCUUCUCUCACACUCUUCUUCAUCUGGAUUACAGAGCUCCCGAUUGUGACCCUUCUUUACAGUCGCUAUCGACGAAAUCGCCAGCGAUGCACGUACCUGGGAGCUGUUGGAAGAGGUGUUCUUGGGGUUCCUGUAGGGGCACUAUUGAAUUUUUUAGGAGCUGUUGCUUUGGGGGCCCCUGUUACAUUGCAGUAUCUUCCCAAGACCGUAAACUGGGCUCUUAUGAUGUCGAUGUUCACGACAGUUCCAGCGUCAUGUGUUCUUGGUUCAUCAUGGGCUGACUGGCGACGUAUAUUUGCACAAACCAAGCCAAAUGGAUCGAUAGAGUACCUUCUUUGUUUACCAGCUCAUGGAGCAGUUAUUGGGGCAUGGUUUGGGGCCUGGCCAAUGCCACUUGACUGGGAGAGGCCAUGGCAGGAAUGGCCUAUUUCUGUGAGCUAUGGUGCUAUAGCGGGUUACCUGGUGGCAUUGGUUGCAUCAUUAGGCUUUGUUCUUGCUUGUGGAAGGCCACAAAAUAUCAAAAGAGAAUGAAGUGCUAGUAUAUGAUUAUAGUAAUUGGUAAGUUACUUUACUAACAGCUAAUUUUUAAUUUGUUUUCCAUUGUUGAAAUCAUAGGAAAAAGAUCGAAAAGGAGGAAAAGAAACAAGGCCGUUAAUAUUUUGAUGAUGUGAUUGAUAUCAUAUGGAACGUUGAUAUGUCAUGAAUCAACAUUGGAUAAGUAUCUUACAUCAAUAGACCACCAACUAUGCCAAAUCUUAAUUUUAAGGUUGAUCAUGUUUUUUUUUUCUUUGCAUUUUUCUGCUUGUGGGUGUGAGACGUAGAAGCAUAAUUUCUUCAGGAACUAGACACGGAAGCUGUCUUUAGAAAUUCCGUACUCAAAUCUGUGACCUCCUCCUAGUCACACGGCAGCAACUCUAAUUUUUGUGCCAAGACUUUCCUUCAGUAAUUUAUGCUGAUAAUGAUUUAUAAUUUCUAUUUUUGUUUUAGUAAAUAAUGUCCAAGAUUUCAAAUUUAGAUAAUGACUUGCCAAAUAUUUACAUU